AUAACUAGAUAAUGGGUUCAUUAAUGUAAAAAUUUAAAAAGAAUAAUAAUAUUAUGAUUUGGUUUAUAAAUUAUUCGACGAUUAUCACAUUGUGCAUGAUAUUUAUCAUUUCAGAUUGUAUACGCACUUUUGCGAUGGUUGAAAAUCAAGUCUCUUCCUUCUCCACAUGUCAUUUCUCUUCCGCCACUUGUUGCUUUAAUAUCAGAAUUAUUUUGGUGCUAUUUACCGACGUGUUUUAUAGAAGAAUCUAUUCAUUUUCUUCUUUUAAGACAUUUUAUGCAUAUCCGAAAUUCUACGUGUUUGAUUAUCAAAGGACGACCAGUAUUAGAUGGCACAAAAGAUGAUGACUGUUGUGUAUGUUAUGGAGUUGGAAUUGGGAAUGGACCUUAUUAUUCUGAUGAUCCGAAUAUGGAUUCAUUAGGAGUUAUUGAAAAUUAUUGUAAAGUCUCUCAUCAUGUAGCACAUCGAGAUUGUAU